GUUCUGAUGGUUGUGACUUUGCAUCGGAAUCAUACUUCACUCGGGAGUUGCUGCCCUUGAUAAGGGUGCUCAGGGUUUGUUGUAUUCUUUGAUCGUGGUUUUGAAAUUUUGAAUCGUGUGUUAGAUUUUACAGUUCGAAUGCUAGCUUGGAAUCUAGUCUUCUUUCUUGUUUCUAAUUUUAUCUGACUUUUGUUUGUCAACGCUUUGCGUUUUGGAUUUUUGGGCGUAUGCUUUUAGCAUCAUGGCGUUAAAACCUGAAAUUUCUGUAGAUUCUUUUGCAAAAUUCAUUUUUAUUUUGGAAAUUUCUUAUUUUAUCAUAUUAGCGAGACUAUUCUAUCUAGAGAAUUGGCUUUGUCUUUUGGGUUUGGUCUAUUGUUCGUUUUUGUGAAAUCUUUCUGACUGGCAAAAUGUUUCAGAUUUAAGAAUUGGAGAUUGAGUUCUUGGCUGGGAUAUUUAUAUUUUUUAAUAUAAAGAAUUUGGUCCACGGAAUAUUUGUUGUUAAAUCUUCUUUCAAAGGUAGUAGUUGGACAGUGAGUUCUUGGCUGGGUUAGAAUUGGAUAUUUUUGGGGUUUGGUCUUAUUAUAGGUCAUGGUUGUAAAGUCUUGCUGAUUGCCAAAUUCCUUUCAGAUAUAGUAGCUGGAGAUUGAAUUCUUGGUUGGGUUGUAAUUUCUGGACGCCUUCAUCGGUUCUUCUCUAUAAAAUAGACUGCAGUUAUUCCCAAGCUCUUUAUUAUAAAGGGAGAUUAGGUGUUGAGGAGAUAAGUGUUAGCUUGGUAGCCAUUUUUGAUGGGCACAAUGGUGAAGAAGCUAGUGAUAUGGCCUCCAAGCUUUUGCUAGAAUACUUUGUUCUGCAUAUGUAUUUUAUCCUUGAUCUUAUCUACUCUUCAGUCAUGAAGAGUUCUUCUGAACGAUUGACAUAUAGUGGAGUACAGAACUUAAUUUUCCAAGAGCUUAAUUUGGAUGAAGGGAAAAGAUCACAAUAUAUGGACAUAGGCAGGUCUAGGUGGAUGUUUCCUAUAGUUUUUGAGAGAUCGUUUCAUAUGCUGAUGCUAAAAGAAUCAUUGUUGAGAGCAAUCCAUGAUAUCGAGGAAACAUUUUCUGAGGAAGCUCUUUCUAAAGAUUUUGAGUCCGGCUCAACAGCUAUUAUCAUUCUUAUUGCAGAUGGUCAUAUUUUAACUGCUAAUAUUGGUGACUCUAAAGCUAUCAUGUGCUCUGAAGAUCCUCAUCAUUCUUCCGAAGUUAAUUCUUCCAAGUUGAGGGCCCGAAUUAGACGUAGAGCUACAUAUUCUGCCAAGAAAAAUGGAAAGUUUAGGCCAACAAAGUUUGGAAUACCAAGCUAUCUUGUUAAGGAGCUUACCAAGGACCAUCAUCCAAGUAGAGAUGAUGAGAGGAAUCGAGUAGAAGCUGCUGGUGGUUAUGUUGUGGAAUGGGCUGGUGUUUUCCGUGUCAAUGGUGAGCUUGCUGUAACUCGUGCAAUUGGUGAUAUGGCUUUUAAGAGCUAUGGUGUCAUAUCCAGCCCUGAGGUGACAGAUUGGCAUGCAAUAACUAGCAACGAUAGUUAUCUGGUUGUUGCGUCUGAUGGUAUCUUUGAGAAAUUAACCACACAGGAAGUCUGUGAUCUGUUAUGGGACAGGGAGAUGGAGGUUAAUGUCAAUUUAGAAUUUGUUCCGGUGUUAGGCCAAUCGUUGGCUGAUUUCAUAGUUAAGAGUGCUUUCGAGAGGGGCACUACAGAUAACAUGGCAACUAUAGUUGUUCCGCUGAGAUCCUUUGCUGUCCCCGGUGUGGUCCUGAAAGCUGGGUGUGGUCCAGAAGGAUGCUUUGAGCGAUCAUCUCGUGGAUCGGAAAAGUUUAUACAUGGAAAUUCAGGUAAUGAUGCACCAUGUACAAGUUUGAUGCCAAUGGAAUAUAUUGACCAAAUUAUGCUAAAAUUUAAGCGGUUGUUGGUUGCAGCCAAAUACAAGAGAGUUGGUUGCUUUUACCUAUCUGAAAAUCUCAAUGAGACAAUGGAUUUUGCUUUUCAAGGCCCAAAAGGUUAUCAAAAAGAUGAAGUGCAAGACUUGUCUACUGCUUUACCAGCAUCAGACAGAGCCACCUAUAUUGGAGGUGGAUCUCCUGAUUUAUAUGAUGAUCAUAAAUUUUGUUCUUUCAUUGAUAUUCAUCAUGAGCCAAACAAAGGUCAAUGUGCAAGUCCUGAAGUUUUUGCAAAACUUCUUGGUUUGCUUGAUUCAAUUCCUUAUAAUGAAACCAUAUCAGAAUCAGUACAGCAUGAAGUGCCUAACUUACGGUAUAUACUAAAGAGAAGGUUUGACCGUGGAUCAUACGGUGAAGUAUGGCUGGCUUUUCAUUGGAAUUGUUCCUAUGAUGUUGAUAUGCCAACGAAAAUAAAGAAAAACCAAUUCCAUUCCUUCAGUAAUUUUCGUCUUGAUCAACAUAAUUUUAACUCAAGUGGAGAACCAAGCUUCGAGGAUCCUAGUGAUGGUAAUUUUUUCAUUUUGAAGCGCAUAAUGGUUGAGAGAGGGACUGCUGCUUACUUAAGUGGGCUGCGUGAAAAGUAUUUUGGUGAAGUCUUCUUGAAUGCGUCCUUGUCCCUAGGGAGCUCUAUGGCUGCAAGAUCAUUAACCACCUUGCCAAUAGAACUACGGUAUGCUGGAGACUUUAUCUUAGAUCCUGCCACCACAUUUCCUACAAAUUACAGAACAUUUAGUGGAAGCUAUGAAGAAGGUCUGAAUCAUAUAGCUCGGUAUGUAGAGUCCUUUGAGUCGGACUCAAAGGAAAUAUGGCUUGUAUUUCGGUAUGAAGGGAUAUCACUAUCAAAACUGAUGUAUACAGCCAAAGCAACAAAAUUAACUGCCGCAGAUGAAAUGAACAGACAAGCAAGAAAUAUCCAGGUUUUACAUCCUUCUGCUUGGUGGCAUUGGUUGAAGACAACAGAAGCUGGAGCAAAGGAAUUGCAGGAUAUCAUUUGGCAGCUGUUAAUGGCUCUCAAAUCAUGCCAUGAUCGUAAUAUCACACAUAGGGAUAUUAAGCCUGAGAACAUGAUAAUAUGUUUUGAAGAUAUGGAAACUGGGAAAUGCCUGCAAGAAGCCCCAAUGGGAGGAAAACAAUAUCGUCUCAAAAUGCGGAUUAUUGACUUCGGCAGUGCAAUUGACGAUGUCACUCUGAAAUAUAUGUAUGGAUCUGGGCCCACUAGAUCUGAGCAGACGUAUGAGUACACUCCUCCAGAAGCUCUUCUCAAUGCUAGUUGGUUUCGUGAGCCUAAGAGUGUAACAUUAAAGUAUGAUAUGUGGAGCGUGGGAGUUGUAAUUUUGGAGUUGAUUUUAGGGUCACCUCAUGUUUUUCAAAUUAGUGAUCGCACUCGUGCUCUACUUGAUAAGCAUCUUGAGGGCUGGAGUGAGCAUACAAUAGAACUUGCUUACAAACUUCGAUCAUACAUGGAAAUGUGCAUAUUGAUUCCGGGGAUAUCCUCACAGCAUCAUCAAAAUGUGAGGAGAGAUGAUCCUAGAAAGGUUUGGCCAGCUUCCUGGAAAUGCUCAGAAGAGUCUUUCUCACAUCAAGUAAAGAGCAGAGAUCCUCUUGGGCUAGGCUUUCCAAAUGCUUGGGCUCUGAGGUUAGUUCGGCAGCUAUUAGUUUGGCAUCCAGAGGACCGUUUGAAUGUUGAUGAUGCUCUUCGUCAUCCCUACUUUCAAAAUCAUCCUGGAAGGAGAGCUCAUGGUGGUGAAUGAGCUUUGCUUGACUUAACUAUUUGGUAGUGCUUCUAAGGCAGCUCCCAUCUUCUGCUUUAGCUUUUGUUUUGAUUUGUUCACCUUGCUGUUUGAUAUAAUGUUAAGAGGCUGACUAGCACUAGUAAUGCUUGUGGGAGAAAUGCAAGAACCGUAAGGCAUCCAAACAUUCUUUUUACAAGAUAAGCUCUCAGCGCCAAAAUGGUGAAGAAAAAUCUAGAAGGAUAGUCCACCGACCAAACCCACUUGACUGAGUUUCUAGUGGAUGACAAAGCAUUGGAUGUCUUCAUUUAUUAUUUAUUUUUUAUUAUUAUAUUAUUAUUCCUGACUGCUAUUGAGGUACAAAGCCAAUGAACUGUUCCAAUUGAUGCUGUGGUGAUCCAUUGCCUUUGUCUUUCUUUCUUUA